CUAAAGCCACAUUCUGAGUGGGUAGAUGGCCCUUUAUAAAGGCGUCAUUCAUGCACCAGCUCCCCAGGGAUGCUCAUCACUAGGAUACAGAAACUGUCUGCACCCACUGUGUUCAAUGGGAGGAAGGGCAAUGCCACUCUUGGAUAUUGGGCCAGGAAGAGCUGCUGAGCUUCUUGGUUGGGGGAGGGGUCCCAAAAGUUCAGGGACCCCUAGAGAAGAAGGGAGAAGUGGGGCUUAGAACCUUUGCCUAGGGUUUGUCUGCCUUUGUCUAGGAACUAUUUUUCCAAGUGGAAGGCUCAGUUUUCUAAGCAAGCCAUGUCCCGUGUUUAAAAAAAUAUGAGUUUGCAAUUAAAAUGACUGUGACACCUGGGCCAGGACAGGCCCGCUGGGUACUAGGACAGUGCCAACAGCUUUCUGGUGCCACUGCUCUGCCUUAUUUAGUAUGAGAAAAUACCAUCUUGCACAAUUAUGCAGGGAGCAAAGCCACGUGCAUCUCCCAGGGCAUGGCAGAGCAGGGCAGAGUGAGAGAUUUGGCACAUGGAGUCAGAGCCCAGCCUGGCUAAGACUUGCCUCUUUCUUACUGGAAACCUGGGGGCAGUUUCUACCUCUACUAGAGGAGAACAUUCCCAACCUGUCCAGUGCGUGUGGAGGAAAGGAGGCCCCCCGGGAUAGCGCUACAGGGCCCUGGGCCUUUACUAGAAACUGAUGUUUCUUUUCACCGUGCCCCAGGCACUCACCCCCCGGGAAGCUCUGUCUCAAGGCCCUGCGGGGCUGAGCAAUGAGCGCCGGAGGAAGCGCUGAAGGCCAGAGCAAUUAGCCCCUGCCCGCUCCGCGCGCGCAGAAAUAAAUUCCGAUCCGCAGGGCAAAAGGCCAGAUAGCGCCCGCGGGUCUCGAACCCCCGGAGGGGCUGUGUUUUCAAUACAAUGAAGGAGCGAAGGAACCGCUGAGCUAAAGCCGGCCCGAUGGCAUAAUCUCUCCGAGAGCUCUAAGAGUUCUCAGUGGGGCGGAGGCACGCAAAUGACUAAAGCAGGAGAUUAAAUGUUAUAGGGUCCUGGAAGGGGAAAGGCCAAUCCGACGCCUACCGCAAGCGCCUGGCUGAAUUGCAUCCACUACUCCCCUGCCAGGACCGACCCAUGCCAAGAUGGCGGCGCCCAGAGAGGGAAUGUCUCAGGAGCUGGAGGCAGCCGUGGAGGAGGAGGAAGAUGCAGGACACAUGCAGGCAGAUCUGGAGCAGGAGGAGCCGGAGCCCAGGCUCCGAGACACCCCAGAGGACAUCUCCUUUGAAGCUGCUGCCAACACCAUUGCUUUCCACCCCAGCCAGGACAUCCUUGCAGCCGGCGAUGUGGAUGGCGAUGUCUAUGUAUAUUCAUACUCUUGCCUGGAGGGUGGGAACCGGGAGCUCUGGUCCUCGGGACAUCACCUGAAAUCCUGCAGGGAAGUGUCCUUUUCCCACGACGGACACAAGCUCUUCACUGUGUCUAAGGAUAAAUCCAUCCACAUCCUGAAUGUGGAGGAGGGCCGGCUGGUGACACGCUUCUCCAGGGCUCACAGCUCAGCCCUGAACAGCCUGCUGGUGAUAGACGAGCACCUCUUUGCCACGGGGGACGAUGGCGGGAUGCUGAAGGUGUGGGACCUCCGCAAAGGCACAUCCAUCAUGGAGAUGCGGCAGCACGAGGAGUACAUCAGCAGCAUGGCCAUAGAUGAGAACAAGAAGCUCCUGCUCACCACCAGUGGCGAUAGAACUAUGGGUGUCUUCAACAUCAAGAGACGGCGCUUUGAGCUGCUUUCAGAGCCUCAGAGUGGAGACCUGACAUCCAUCGCGCUGAUGAAGAGAGGGAAGAAAGUGGCGUGCGGCUCUGGCGAGGGAACCAUUUAUCUCUUCAACUGGGACGGUUUUGGUGCCACUAGUGACCGCUUUGCAGUGAAGGCUGAGUCCAUCGACUGCAUGGUCCCAGUCACGGAGAAUGUCCUGUGCACAGGUUCCAUCGAUGGAGUCAUCAGGGCAGUGAAUAUCUUACCUAAUCGGGUGAUAGGCAGCGUUGGACAGCACCUGGGGGAGCCCAUUGAACAGCUGGCCAAGUCCCACACUGGUCAGCUGCUGGCCAGCUGUGGCCACGACCUGAAGGUGAAGUUCUGGGACAUCUCAUCACUCUGCUCUGUGGUGGUGGAUGAUUACCGGAAGAGGAAGAAGAGUGGGCAGCUCAAGGCCCUGAGCAGCAAAGCCUUGGGCGGCAGAGAGGACUUCUUUGCCGACCUGAGAGAAGAGGCAGAGGCACCGAAGGAGGAGCAGGAGGAGGAGAGCAACAGCGAUGACAGUGACUGAUGGAAGCCCAGUGGCCUCUGGGAGAUUCCAUGGUCAGAAAGCUCUGUGGGGACAUGGACUAUGAAGCCAGCAGAUUCUGCAGCCAUGGGAAGGAUGCGUCCUCGCUGUGUUGUGGAAGCAGCUGGAGGCCAAGCUCAUUUUCCCAUAGAGGACUGGCUCAUCUGGGUGUGUUCCUGCAGGCCAGAGUGCUAACAGGGCCCUUGGUGCAGCUGAGCUGACGAGACGCAACAUCCCUCUCUCUGUCCUCAUUAAAGGCCGAUGCAGGUCUUAUGGGGAGAGGGGCUGGAACCUCCUGCCAGCUGGGAUGACCAGGCUUUGUUUGGAAAGAAGCAACGCUCCUGAUGGGAAAGGAGUUUCUCCAGUUUUCUCUCUCCAGGAGGAAACAACAUACCUCAUCCCCCUCUCCACCCUCUGCCCCAGCCCCUCCCUUGUGAGCUCUCACAAGCACCAGGUGCCUUAUGGGACAUGGGCUAAGCCCUGAAUUCCUUCCUCACCCCUGCUGGUUGGCAGGAGCCUGGAGGUGAAUGUGGUGAUCUGUGGUCCAGGAGCUCUCUCCAAAUUCCUUUGUGCACCAAAGAAUCCUUGCAGCAAACAGUGUGAAUUCCAGUCCCCUCUGCAUGGACCACUAGGCCAGGGCCCUAGAGCAUCUGGCCGUGCUGGUCUAAAGCAGGUGCCUGAGCUCUGGGUGCUGCCUGUGGGAUGACACAGCAGAGGGUUCCCCGUUGCUCCUGUGUCACCAGAGAUGCCGAAAGCCACUUUCUCAGAAUUGCUGCUUAGGCACCUGUAGUAAUGAGAUGUGGGACUGGGAGGGGAGUGGAAAGAAGAAUCCCCCCAGCUGCCAGCCGUGUUUCACACCGACCCCCUCCCUGGCCUCUUGAAGUUUGCUACAAACUACUAAGCUCAGAGCCCCUUUGCUGGUCCAGGUGAUAUGGGCACUGCUGCCAGCUGUAUUUCUGUCAGGCCUGGCCUUCCCCUGCCACCCUCACAACUUCUCCCUUUAAAAGUGUCUUCAAGAAAAAAACUAGCCAGUUGCACCAACUUCUCUCCAAGCUGAGAAGAAUCAUGUAGACAAGAAACUUGGACAAGACACAGUGCAGGGCCCAGGUGUUGCCUGUAUGAGGAGAGUGACUGAUUCCCAUUGUGAAUUUGUAUGUGAAUAAACCAUCAGGAAGCCUGUGUCC